AAGGGCAAAGCUUGACCCAGAGAAGCAGGAAAAGAGGGAAGAAGGAGAUACCCUCCCACUGCCUUUGAUUUCUUGCCCUCUCAAAGAAUAAGAAGCAAUGCUGCGAAUGGCGUUCAGACUGAAGAGUAGCACGGUGGUCAAUGGCGUCCGGGAGGCCCCACGCACUAUGAGCCAGCGGCGGCAGCAGCAGCACUUCUCCACCAAUCCUGGGAGGCUUGCCGGCAAGGUUGCCAUGAUAACUGGUGCUGCGAGCGGCAUAGGAAAGGCUACUGCGACCGAAUUCAUUAACCAUGGCGCCAAAGUCAUCAUUGCAGACAUCCAGCAGCAGCUCGGCGAGGCCGCCGCCGAGGAGCUGGGCCCAGAUGCCACUUUCAUCACCUGCGAUGUCACUGAAGAAUCCCAAGUUGCCGCUGCCGUCGAUCUCGCUGUCACCGAGCAUGGCCACCUCGACAUCAUGUACAACAAUGCCGGCAUUGCCGGCUCCCUCACUCCCUCCAUCACCAGUCUCGACCUCACUAACUUUGACCGGAUCAUGGCGGUCAACGUCCGGUCGGUCGUUGCUGGAAUCAAGCAUGCUGCCCGUGUGAUGAUGCCACGCCGAGCUGGAUGCAUCUUGUGCACUGCAAGUGUUACUGCAAUCAUGGGUGGGCUUGCCCCGCAUGGCUACUCGAUCUCGAAAGCGGCGGUGCUGGGGGCGGUGAAGUCUGCAGCAGCGGAGCUCAGCAAGUAUGGGAUCAGGGUGAACUGCAUUUCGCCUCAUGCCAUUCCGACGCCUUUUGGAAUCAAUUCGAUGCUGGAGCUGUUCCCGGGAGCUGAUGCCGAGAGACUGGCGGAGAUGGUCUAUAGCACCGGGGAGCUGGAGGGGGCGAGGUGCGAGGCGGUGGAUGUGGCGAGGGCCGCCGUCUAUUUGGCUUCAGAUGAUGCUAAGUAUGUAAGUGGCCACAAUCUGGUGGUGGAUGGAGGUUUCACAGCAUUCAAAAGGAUGGAUUUGCCGCCACCUUGAUCAGGUUAUGGAUGUCAGCAAGUUAAUUUGAUUUUAUUUAUCAUUCGAAGUCUUGUCCACAGAAUAAUAUAAAGAAUAGGAUGUAAGAUGGAUGCAGUUGAUCCAAGAGGAAUGUUUGAUGGAUACCUGUGAUAUGCAUUGGCUAAUGAAUUAUGUGAGAUCAGACAAUUAGAUUUUUGUCAUGAGAAUUUUUUUUUCACCCUGCAAUGUAUGUGUGAUUCCAGAAUAAGUCAUAAGCAUUUGACAUUUGAGAAUGAUUUUCCAUCUGGUCAUCGAACUUCUUCAUUUUGUUAAUGUUCAACAAUGUCUGUUGCAUGACUGAUUCAAGAUGAAUAAUAAUUUAUUU